AUGAGUUUAACUCUAAACCUUAAACCAGAUGGAAAAAAAUUAAAAUUUGGUGGUCAACACUUCAUCUAUACUACAAAAGAUUAUAAUCUAAAGUUGACUCCAUGUCAUACCAAUGAUAGAGGAUUCCGUGCGCCAAAGGUUAAUUUUACCUCAGCUGUCAUUCAUGUGAAUGGAAAUGAAAGAACUAUAUCUUUAAAAGGAUAUCUUGAUAAAAUUGAUGUUACGCAUGGUGAGCUUUAUGUGCAACAAGGAGACGAUAUUAAGAAUGAAUAUGGUACUAGAUAUCCUUUUUACAAGAAUUUUAACAAGUAUACUAUUCCUGCUGGAAAUUUUUCAACUUCUUUUAAAAUAGUAAAUGUGAAUAAUAGUCCAAUUAUUAUUCAUUAUAGAUAUAAACAUAGAUUUGAACGUCACUAUUUUAUUAAUGGAUGUGCUGUUGCUCCUUUUAAAAUUUAA